AUGAAAGCAAGCCGAAUUCCGACUCAGGUUAAAAAAACGAUUGAAGUGUUUCCCGAAUCGGAGCAGGUGAAGCUGGAAUCCGACAGUGACAGUAAUAGUGGUGAAGCACCUCUAUUAAGAGACCAAUGGAAACGGAAACUGGACUUUUUGGUUGCCUGCAUGGGAUUCUCAAUUGGGCUUGGAAACGUGUGGCGCUUUCCCUACUUGUGUUACAAGAACGGAGGAGGGGUGUUUCUGAUUCCCUACUUUAUCAGCGUGUUCUUUGCCGGUAUACCACUUUUCCUGCUCGAGGUCGCAUUGGGUCAAUUCACAUCGCGAGGGGUCAUCGCAGCAUGGGACAUAUGCCCUAUAUUUCGUGGUUUGGGUUGUGCAAGCACCCUAAUCAAUUUCAUGGUCAAUUGCUAUUACACCGUCAUCCUGAGUUGGGGUCUGCAUUUCCUCUUCUCCUCAUUUCAAAGUCCACUGCCUUGGACAUUAUGCGACCAGUGGUGGAAUACCGAGGGCUGUGUGGUCAACAAAUCGGCGGAGGGUAAUCGCACGCAAGGGUCUAAUUCCAGUCUGAUGGAUACGGAUCCAUCUACGGAAUACUGGGAGAAUCGUGUUCUACAGAUUUCUCCGGGAAUAGAUCAGGCAGGAAAGAUCCAGUGGGAACUGGCUUUGUGUCUACUACUGGCUUGGCUCAUAAUCUUUCUAUGUAUUUGCAAAGGUAUCAAGACAUCUGGGAAUAUUAUGUAUGUCACGGCUACCAGUCCGUACUUGUUUAUGUUGAUCUUGCUCAUCCGUACGGCCCUCCUGGACGGAGCUUCUGAGGGUCUGAUCUACUACCUCAAACCGGAUUGGACAAAGCUGUUUGACAUGCAGGUGUGGUCAGAUGCCGGAACGCAAAUAUUCUUCAGCUACGCCCUCAGUUUGGGGGCGUUAACUGCCCUGGGAAGCUACAAUUCGUUUCAUCAUAAUUCACUACGUGAUUGCUGUCUGUUCGCAUUGAUCAACACAAUGACCAGUUUAUUGGCCGGUUGCGUCAUCUUCGCGACCCUGGGCAAUAUGGCUCUAACUGCGAAUGUUUCCAUCAGCUUGGUCGCUGAGUCUGGACCGGGGCUGGCGUUUGUGAUCUAUCCAAAAGCUUUGGGUACAAUGCCAUACAGCCCUUUUUGGGCGGUUUGUUUCUUCCUGAUGCUGCUGCUGCUGGGGAUUGACAGUAUGUUCGGAGGUGUUGAAGGCUUCGUGGCCGCAUUGGCUGACUUCUUACCUCGUAUUCACUCCGAUGUUCGUAUCCGUUGUGGAGUUGUUGGUUCGGUUUGCGCCAUAUCCUAUAUCAUCGGAUUGUCCAUGGUAACAAAAGGUGGCAUGUACGUUUUUCAGUUGUUCGACUAUUUCAGUGGAAGCCGCAUCAUUCUAGUUGUUGGGUUCCUGGAAACAAUUGCUAUUGGUUACGUCUAUGGCUGUAAACGCUUCACGAAUAACAUGCGUCUGAUGUAUGGAUUCUCGCUUGGUUGGGCCCCAAAAAUCUUCUGGUGUUUCAUCACUCCUUGUUUCACUCUGGUUCUGUUCGUCUUCAGUGUGAUCGUAUACGAGGAGCUUACAUACCGCCGGUCAAGUCAACCGGAGCCGUAUCAUUUUCCCGGCUGGUCGGUCAAACUUGGCUGGUUUAUGGCCAGUUCCAGUCUGUUCCUGAUUCCAAUCACCUUGUUCGUACAAGUUCUGAUAACCCCGGGCACAUUUGUAGAACGUAUCAAGCUUCUGUUGCAACCGCGUUAUUCGGAGUCACUGCAGCAACGAUUUCGUGAUGCGGAGUCCACCGUCCGUGUUCUGAUCAAAACCAAAUGGGACCCCUAA